CUCUGAGUUGAGAUGAGGAGAAAUUAUCAGCAGAAUCCGCAGGUAGGAGGACGCGGCUGUUGGACACAGAAAAAAUGGGAAACGCUGACACUAAGCUUCACUUUAGGAAAGCGGUGAUCCAGCUGACGACCAAAAUUCAGCCUGUUGAAGCCACAGACAACGUGUUCUGGGACCAGUUCUGGGCCGAGUGCUCCAUCGCCGUCCAGGAUGUUUUUGCUCUGGUGCCUGCAGCAGAAAUCCGAGCUGUCAGAGAGGAGUCUCCAUCCAACCUAGCAACCCUGUGCUACAAGGCAGUGGAGCGGCUGGUUCAAUGUGCCGACUCUGGCUGCCCCUCGGAGAAGGAGCGUCAGAUCGUGCUGAACUGCACCCGCCUUCUCACCCGGAUCCUGCCGUACAUUUUUGAGGAUGCUGACUGGAGGGGCUUCUUCUGGUCCACCAUUCCUGGCACGAAAAAAUCCGGGAGUUUGGACGAAGAUGCUGAUGAGAAUGAAGCUCGGCCGCUGGCUGAAUCCUUGCUGCUCACCGUCGCUGACCUGCUCUUCUGUCCAGAUUUUACCGUCCAGAGUCACAAGAAGAACAACCCGGAUGCCUCAGAGGAAAUGCGAUCCAUAGAUAGCUGUGAGUACAUCUGGGAGGCCGGGGUGGGCUUUGCUCAGUCGCCUCCCCCGAAUUACAUCCAUGACCGGAACAGGACAGAGCUGCUGAAGCUGCUUCUCACUUGCUUCUCUGAAGCCAUGUAUCUUUCUCCUUCAUCUGAGACCCAAGUGCUUAACCCCUGGGUCUCCUUCUUCUGUUCUGCAGAAAACAGACAUGCCUUGCCGCUCUUCACAUCCCUGUUGAACGUGGUCUGUUCCUACGACCCGGUGGGAUACGGUAUCCCGUACAACCAUCUGCUGUUCUCAGACUACCGAGAGCAGCUGGUGGAGCAGGCUCUGCAGGUCCUGAUCGUCACCCUGGAGCACGAGACCGGGUCGGCUGUGAGCGCUGCCCUCCAGGCGCUGGACUCCUCCUCAUCCAAUCCAUCUGAGGAGCUAGAGCCAGCUGGACCUGACAACCUCUUUGUGAAUUACCUCUCGAGGAUUCACAGGGAGGAGGAUUUGAGUUUCGUCCUCCGAGGUUUUGCUCAGCUGCUCAACAACCCUCUGAUCCAGACGUACCUUCCACGAUCCACCAAGAAGAUCCACUUCCACCAGGAGCUGCUAAUUCUGUUCUGGAAGUUCUGCGAUUUUAACAAAAAAUUCCUGUUCUUCGUCCUAAAGAGCAGCGACGUCUUGGAGAUGCUGGUUCCCAUCCUGUUCUACCUGAACGAUGCCAGAGCAGAUCAGUCUCGCGUGGGCCUCAUGCACAUUGGCGUGUUCAUCCUGCUGCUGCUGAGCGGAGAGAGGAACUUUGGUGUUCGACUGAAUAAACCGUACACGCUCCGUGUCCCCAUGGACAUUCCUGUCUUUACAGGAACCCACGCAGACCUGCUCAUAGUGAUUUUUCACAAAAUAAUUACCUGUGGACACCAGCGUCUCCAUCCUCUGUUUGAUUGCCUGCUCACCAUAAUUGUAAACAUUUCACCCUACCUAAAGAGCCUGUCAAUGGUGGCUGCCAACAAGCUGCUCCACCUGCUGGAGGCCUUCUCCACGCCCUGGUACCUCCUAUCUGCACCUCAGAACCACAACCUGGUCUUCUUCCUGCUGGAGGUCUUCAACAACAUCAUCCAGUAUCAGUUUGAUGGCAACUUCAACCUAGUGUAUGCCAUCAUUCGUAAGAGGAACGUUUUCCACCAGCUAGCCAACCUGCCCACGGAUGAGGCAUCCAUUCAGAAAACUUUGCAGAAGAAGAAGAACAAGUCUGGGAUCUCCCGCCUAAACUCCACAGAUGGCGAGUCCAUGGAGGGUUCCAGACCUGCUGCACCUGCUGAGCCCGGGACACUCAAAGCCACCUUAGAGGCCACUCCAGGAAUUGAUAAGAUUACGGAGAAGUCUCAGGUAAGCGAAGACGGAACGAUGAUUGCCUUGCCUCGUUCAAGCUCUCCAGCAACACCACCUCACCGUGGUGCCAUCAAUGGAGCCAGCGACACGGAGUCCAACUCAGAAAGAGACAGCGAGGUCUUCACGAGGUCGCAGACAUCAAGAAGUCGAAUAUCGAGCGUCUCAUCUACUGCCGCUUGGACCGCUAAUUCAGGCUGGAUGUUGUCAUGGAAAUCUAGACUUCCUCUGCAAACCAUCAUGCGGCUUCUGCAAGUCUUGGUCCCUCAGGUGGAGAAGAUCUGCAUCGACAAGGGUUUAACAGAUGAGUCAGAGAUCUUGAAAUUCCUGCAGCACGGCACGCUGGUCGGCCUCCUCCCAGUCCCUCACCCCAUCCUGAUCAGGAAGUACCAGGCCAACUCUGGCACUGCCAUGUGGUUCCGGACCUACAUGUGGGGAGUCAUCUACCUACGGAAUGUGGAUCCUCCAAUCUGGUACGAUACGGACAUAAGGCUUUUUGAGAUUCAUAGGAUUUAGAGGAGCUGCUGGAGUUGACCACAACAAGUUCUGCCAGAUGAUCUUUGACCAACUUACUCAAAAAAUAAAGAUUCUCUAAACAUACCUUGAAAGUUCUUCAUUAUGCAAUAAAUCCAACAUGAAAUCA